AUGAACUUGCGCGAGCGUAUCAAGCGGCAGCACGCAGUAAAACUUCUCGAGCAGGCUGUCGCUAUUGAGAAGUAUGCAUUACGUGAAGACCACCCCGAUCGACUGGCAUCUCAGCACAUGCUUGCGAGAGUGUGUCAAGCGGGGGGCCAGACCGAUCGCGCUUUGGAGCUCCUCGAGCAUAUAGUUGCUCUGCGAGAGAGAACUCUUAGCAAGGAGCAUCCUGACCGACUGGCAUCUCAGCGUGAUUAUGCUAUAGCGUACAGGGUGUACCAAAUGAACAGGGCCUUAUGA